AUGUUGCCAAGCAUGAAGACAAAUUGGGAGAGUGGCAUGAACUAUGGCUUCUCAGUAAUAAGGAUGAUGAUGUGGAUAGUCGGUGUAUGGCCUUUGCAAUGGAACGAUAUAGUUUGCACAUUUCGUUGGAUUGUUAUAUUCAUUGUGGAGGUCGUAACUAUCGGUAAUGAGACAGUAACUUUGUGGAAUUUUAUCAUUCCAUCAUCAUGUCUAUUCAGAGGGAUUUCAUAUUCUACAUACAAAACACUUUUUCUCAUGCAAAUAUUACAAGUAUCUAUAGUCUAUAUAGGACAAUGUGCAAAUGAUAAUUUCUUCUUUGCUAUUACCAUGCAUCUUUGUGGUCAACUAGAGCUCUUGAGAAUUCGCUUUGUUGAACUUGUUGAAAAAAAUACCGAUGAGAGAACACAUUAUCGCAACGUAUUAGGAUCUUGGGUCAGAAGACAUUACAAAUUGAUAAUACUGACCAGAAAUAUCGAAGACACCUUUAAUCUCAUUAUUUUAUUUCGUUUAACAAUAACUACCAUUGUUAUUGCUGUUUCAGGAAUGCGUAUAAUUAUGUCCAUUAAGAAUCACGAUUAUACUAAUGUAUUAAAGAGUAUGUUAUCCGCCCAGUUGUUUAUUGUACAAUCAUUUUUGUUUACGCAUGCCGGUGAAACUUUACGGAAACAAAGCGAAUCGAUUUUUUCGGCUAUAUAUAGCACAACGUGGCAUAACAUGCCGCCCUCUAUAAUAAAGGAUUUCAUACUUAUUAUGAUGAGGACGAAGAUCCCUUUUCAGCUUACUGCUGGAAAGUUUUUUUAUGUUACUCGAAGGACUACGACAGAUAUUCUAAAAACUGCUUUGACUUACAUAUCGUUUUUACGAGUAACAAUGGAAGAAUAG